AGACAUACAGAGAAACAAGCGAACUUCUCACAAACGUUCACAUUGUGGUCUUGCGUCGUUCUUGGCGACGGCUUGAUCUCUUAUUGCUCCGCUGGACGGACAAAGGACAUCACAUGGCUGAAUCGAGCACAUUCAUACCCGCACCAACAGGUGUACCGGCGAUGCUGCCAUCGGAGGGUGGCAUUCCCUCGACUCCGCCCCACACAGACUCGGAUCAUACCGAAGGCAACCCCCUUUUUCGCGCCCUCCCGUCGGAGGCGCCCAGAUCCCCGGUGCAGCAAGCGCCUUCUCCGGCCUUAGCUGAUGAUAUUAGAGCAGCACGGGAGCAAUCAUCGUCGCUACCAGGGGAAUACGAUGCUGACGGCGAGUUCGAGAUAGAUGUUGCUAUUCAUCCGAGUUCGAACAUCUUCAGAGAUCUCGAUGGGGUGAACGCAAAGCGGAAGCGAUCUUUGGACCACACUGGAAAUAGCUAUUCGGCAAAGGUCUCAGCUACCGAGGUGCUUCAAGAGGCCGGACAUGCCGAAGGGAAUCACAAUGGCGCUGUCGAGACGCCGGGAGAAGUUACAGAUGGGGCUUUCGAGAUACCUGAAAUAGGGCACCCUCAUGCAAACGCUGGGGAGUCUGGCCACGAAGGACCGCAGGGCGGAGGAUAUGUCGAUGGCAUGGAGGACGGCAAUGAGGAUCACGGUCCACCGAGUGAACCCUCUGUCAAAGUGGAGGAGGGAUCGAGCGGUAGGGAAAGUCGCGUCUCGCCAGCACCAACAGAUGCGGGGCACCAGCUCGGCGGCGGUAGCGACGUGAUGAACGUGGUUGGACGACGGUCACACUUCUGCAGCCCGCUCGCUCUGGAUGCCAACGUUUUUUGCAGCGUAUGCGCGGGUGCAGAAUCUAACGUGGAGGACCGCAUUGUCAUCUGCGACGGCUGCGAUGCGCCCUAUCACCAAAUGUGUCAUACCCCGCUACCUAUUCCAAACGACAUCGCGGACACGUACUCUGCGUAUUGGUUUUGCCACCAGUGUGAGGGAACGGACACUGCGCGAAGGAUGGUGGAAAACGUCGUACCUGUAGUGGAUGCUCAUUGGUCGUUCGCUCCUCCAUUUGAUCCCACGAAGCCUGUGGGUCGCCCCAAUAAGCCAAGGCGUGCAGAUAUACCUCGUCUUAAGGAGCCGGGAUGGGUGGCACCGGUAAUUCCGAGCGAUAUCCGGCGGUGCCUGACCUGUCUCACACCCCUGCAAGAGAACAGGCUCGACGCCCCGGAAAUGGACGUAGCGGGAUCGGGAAUGGGUCUGGAAGGUCAGCAAGGUUCCGUUCUCAAGAUGCCCGAGACCACGUCGGAUGUCGUGAAGAUUCUUCUGCGGAAAACAUGCUCGUCAUGCUCAAGGGGAUUCCAAAAUAUGUACGCGUCACUACAGCGUUGUCCUCAUAAUGUACUGAGUGUAGUUCUUUUGCAAGUAGCCUUGCGCUACCCGGAGACGGCUCGGUAUCUUGGGCAAAACCCACAGGAUUUGAAGCCGAGUGAUAUGCUCGCUUUUUCGGCGCGUCCUCGUUCGGUGGUUGCCCCUGCUGUACUACUCGAUGAGACAAACAGUCAAAGUACCCGGAUAUCCACAUGCGGCCCUGGUGCUACUGGCGAACCACUGGGCACGCCCCGAGUGCGAUCACGAUCCGGGUCAACGCCAACAUCGCCGGCGGUGGGAAGCGGGGCGGGCAGCAUCAGCGGAAUCUCGAGACAAACACGGCCGCGAAUGACAAGUGCACUCGGUAGUUACGAAGAUAUGAUCACUCUGGCGGUAGGGGAAAUGCGGGACCGCACUGGAUCCAAGCCGAAAAACAUCUUCCAAUGGAUGGCCGAUAACAUCCCGGAUCUGCCUGAGCACUUCCGCCCCUCUGCCUCUCAAUCAUUGAAGAAAGCUGUUGACCGUGGACGGCUCAUCCGAGGCCCAAAUGGAUUAUACACCGUGAAUACCAAUUGGGUGGCACCUGAGGACGGGCGCAAGCGUCGGAAACGGGUCUUGAUCGCAAAGGAGGAGGCCACGAAGGCCGUUGUGGCUGCUGCUAGGGCCGCCGCUGCUAAAGCUACUAGCGCUACUCCACGCGACAAGACAAAGGCGAGGGCCAAAGAGGAUUCGGUCGCUGCAGAGACCCCGUCGUCGAGCGAGCAAUUGCCUGGGACGGCGCCCACGCCUAGGUACCGCGUUCCUCCUCCAGACACAGCGACCCCGGACACCAAACCGGUAACGUGGCCGGCACCUGCAGGAAUGCAGCACCCGAUACCGCAUCAAUCGUGGAGCGGGCCGCCGGUGGGAUAUGGAGGUCAUGCCCAUGAUCCGAACAUGUACCAUGCGCCAGGACACAUGCAGGACCGGCAACCGUCGCACCCCCACCCUUACCAACAUCAACCACAUCCGCACCAUUUAGAUCAUCGCUUCGAUCCGUCACAACAACAUGCACACCCACAAGCGCACCAUCACCCAUCACAACAGCAACACCAGCAUCCUGAUGCUAACGAAACUGCAGCUCUGAGCGCGGGACAUGUUAGUCAACAGCAGUACGUACAAGCACAGCAUCAGCAUCAGCCACCGAACCCGUUCGGCGGGCCGGGCACCCAUGGCUCUCGUUCGUCGUACUAUCCCAAUGGGUUUAGUCUCAGCGAACUGAUUGCGCCGAAUAUCAGAUCUAUGGAAAGCCAACAACAAAGGCAGGGUUCGCAGGUUUCGAACCCCGCCACUCCAGGUACCCAGCAAGCCCGAGCAUCGCCAAGUCAUCAGCAACCACAACCACAGCAGGAACAACACCAUAUACCGAAACAGCAUCUUGAGGCCUCCCAGCAGCAACAACAGCAGCAGACGCAACAUAUCCACCCACAGCAACAAGCACAACACCAUCACAACCAACCAUCGCUGCAACAGCAGCAGUCCCAACAACCCUCUCCCCGUCUCCCACCCCACUACUACGACCGCCACGUGCAUCCACCUUACCCAGGGGCAGGUUACCCCCAACAUCACGAGUUCGCCUUGCCAGUCACCGUCCAGGCCCCACCAGGCGUUGACUCGAGGACUCCCAUCCGCGAUCCGAACGCGCCGGAAGCAGCGUCGGGGCCGGCUACUGCCGCGCAACAACAGCAGAAUGUGGGAAAUGCGCGGCCAUCAGGUGUAUAUGGAAUGGACAUGUUUCAACAUGAGCGGCAGUAAUAGAGAUCACUAGACUUGUUAGAACUCCCUUUAGAACUUCCUUUAGUCCCGGCUCGCUGGCUUCUUCUCUUGUGGGCUGUCUAUUACAUAGCAACCUAAUUGCCUUUGUUCCAUCUGAUAUACCUUUUUCGUGUAAAUCACACGUUGGAUGAGAACCGAG